AGAGAUCGGUGGCCGACAGGAGCUCCCGCCUCCUUCCCCGCCCCUCUGGACCUUCCCGCGGAGCAGAGGGCGGGUGUGGACGGGACCGAGGUGGAACGAAUUUUGGAGCUCAGACCGGAGGCCUCGGUGGCUUUGGGCGCGGGGGGCACGCCCAGCUGGAGAAGCCGGUGCAGGCUGAUGAAGCCGAAGCUCCCGGGUCUUGGUGGAUCCUGGUUGGAGCGUAGCUGUUCCCAGGGGAGUCCCGAAGCCAGCCGCCGGAGAAAAGAUGCCUGCCUUCAACAGAUUGUUUCCCCUGGCUUCCCUCGUGCUCAUCUUCUGGGUUAGUGUCUGCUUCCCUGUGUGUGUGGAAGUGCCCUCGGAGACGGAGGCCGUUCAGGGCAACCCCAUGAAGCUCCGCUGCAUCUCCUGCAUGAAGAGAGAGGAGGUGGAGGCCACCACGGUGGUGGAAUGGUUCUACAGGCCUGAGGGCGGUAAAGAUUUUCUUAUCUACGAGUAUCGAAAUGGCCAGCAGGAGGUGGAGAGUCCCUUCCAGGGGCGCCUGCAGUGGAAUGGGAGCAAGGACUUGCAGGAUGUGUCCAUCACUGUGCUCAACGUCACCCUGAAUGACUCCGGCCUCUACACCUGCAACGUGUCCCGGGAGUUUGCCUUUGAGGCACAUCGCCCUUUUGUGAAGACUACGCGGCUGAUCCCCCUCCGUGUCACCGAGGAGGCUGGAGAGGACUUCACCUCUGUGGUCUCUGAGAUCAUGAUGUACAUCCUUCUGGUCUUCCUCACAUUGUGGCUGCUCAUUGAGAUGAUAUAUUGCUACAGGAAGGUCUCGAAGGCUGAAGAGGCAGCUCAAGAAAACGCGUCUGACUACCUUGCCAUCCCAUCAGAGAACAAAGAGAAUUCUGCGGUACCAGUGGAGGAAUAGAAGGGUGUGACUGAGGUGAUGUAAAGGAAGGGCAGGCAAAAGUGGAAAAGGAUGGCAGCUUGUACAAGGAACUUGGUCACCCACACCCAAGUUGACUAAAUUUGACCCCGUAGAUUUCUACCCUACCCAGAGUCCCCACCUUCAGGGUACUUCUUAAAGUCAACACCCAGGUCACAAAGCUCUGUGUGACGUUAAGCCCUUCAGAGAGUGAAUUGCUUUUGCCUGAGCAAUUUGAACUUCUUACCCACAGUGACAAAGUAGUUCCCCGACUCCCUCCUUUGUAAGGAUUGUAGAUUUGGUGAGUCUUUGGCUGGCCUGGACUGGGCCAGGCUGGAAAUUCUCAGUGAGUUGUUUUUAUCAUUGGUAGGUGGGCUAAACACUGAGGGACUGGAUAUUCCAGGUUCAGUGAUAUUAACAGUGUCAGGAGGGUGCCCCCAGGGGCCAGAUCACUUCCCUUCAUGCAUCCAUCCUUCUAUUCAUUCAUCAUAUAUCCGCUCACCUCUGAAUUUUCACCUCUGACUUCCUACCUCCAUCAGACCUCUACAUACCAUAAAACUUGGCCAGAACUGAGGAGUCAACAUUUCUACACAGACUCAACCUCACCCUAUUCUAGGUUUCAAGCAAGGAGCUCCCAUGCCAACUGGACUUCCUGUGCUCCAAAUAACCUUGUACAAAUGCUGGAGAUGGCACACUUCUCUGCCCCUAACUGGUUGGAAUUGGCUUAUUCUUCAUUGCUUCAAGUGAAUGUCAUUGCUUCAAAUGAUGUCUUAAUGGAAGGAAGCAGAAAUGAUUAAUUUGGUUAAAGCAGGAGCAUCAUGAAGUGGGAUUCCUUGAAGUCAGUUUUUGUUUUUAUUUUCAAGUUCCUGGCCCACUUGACUAGAGCAUCAGAGCAAAGCAUGCCUUCCUAAGAUCUUCAGUGACAGAAAGUUUACUAAGCAUGGACCAAGAUGGUUUCUGGAACUUGGUACUCUGGGGCUAGAUCCUGAUAGGUCUCUAAGGACUAGGUUGAACUCAGCCCUUCAAGAAGCCAAAGACAGAAGUGGCCCCUAAAAGUCAUCCAACGUGUUCAUCACCCUAUCAGGGUAAUGUAUGUGUGCCCUCCAAGUGGAGCACACCACCUGAGAUUGCUGGGAAGCAUUAUAUUCUUGUGGGCAUUGGAACUGAAAUUUCUAAAUUCUUCCUCUCAAAAUUCCUGUAGAUCAGUAUUAUCCCUCCUUUUACAGGAGGCAACUGAGACUCACACAGGGCUCAACUAAGAGAUUUCAGAGGAUAAACUGAAACAUAGUAAGCCUUAGGUGAUGCCCACUUGACACUUUCAGAGAUGGGAUGAUUUUGGUUUUAAAAAGACCUUGAAAUUGAGUUUGGCUACAGCCAUGCCUCUUUCACAAGCACAGGGGUGAAUUGCCUGGCUGAGGUUAACUCUGAUAGAUCCAGUUACCUGGAAACUAGCCAAGAGGCAGAGAUCAAGACAUGGGGUAGACUUGAAGAAUUUCUUUAAUGAAAAGAUUUGUGACUACGAAAAAUCCUCCAGACGGAGAUUACAUCUGGGAAUAUUUAAACUAAGAAACAUGCUCUUUUGUCUAAGAAGGAUGAUGAGAGAAUGAGUGAAGUGAUAGGGGCAGGAUAGGCUAGGUGGCUUCCAAAUAUUUCACCUGUGAAUCUAUGAUGUCUAGUUGUUGAGGGUUUUUUUCUUUCUUGAUUUUGGGAGAGCAGAGGAACACUGGAAAACUUUCAAUCAAUAUCUCAUUUCAUUUUAAUUGAGUGGUCCAAAUGUGAUGUUCUUCAGCUAGUGAGAGAGGGGAAGGCUGCUCCAUGGGCUAUGAGAACAUACAAGUGGCUGGGACUCAAUGAUGGGUGUCCCUCAGAUUUAGGGGAAUUUAUGGGGAAAGAUAACACUCCACUGUCUUUGGGCCUCACCCAAUGAACUCGUUUUUGUUUUUACAAUUCUUCCAUCUUUGGGGAAGUAUUUGACACAAGUCCUUGUUCACACGUUCGAGUGUCUAAUUUUAUUGAAUACUCUCAGUAAAUUUAAGGCCUUUCUCAUUGGUAACUGCACAUGAUUCCUGUGAAAUCGGGGACAGAAUGUAAAUCAUUUUUUUGUACUUUAUGACAAUAGGCACGGAUUAUUGUGCGGUUCUGCCGAUCUCAUGACUGGUGGAUGGCCGAGCUUACAGUAGGAGCGAGCUACUUCCUAUCACUCUACCCUCCUCUUGCUUCUAGUAGAUAAGGCAUCUAAGCAUCUAACUCGUAAUAAUGUAGUAUGCAUGAUGGCUGCCUUUUUUUUUUAAAAAAAAAAACUCCUCCCCAGAUAUUUCCUGAGUGGUUUUUAAUGAGCUGAAUGGCACCUAUCAUUUCCCCCCCUUAUUUAUGUUUUACAGGUAAUCUUCUCUUUUCUCCCCCCUAAUUCCUCAACCCUUCUCAUUCUCAAUUCUGUCAUUAGACCAAUAUGGUUUACAAAGUGCUUUCGUUUCUGUUACCUCAGUUCUCUACAACUAACCCUGUGAGGUGGGUAUUACUGAUAUCUCUGUCACAAAUGAGCACACUGAGGCUAAGAAGCUUACCACAUGCUAAGGUCACACAGCUGGGAGGUGGAGAGCUCAGUUCCCUUUUCCACUUAGACCGCAUCCUUUCCUCUCAUUGUUGAGCUUUCUGUCUCAUCUUUGCCUCUCCUGCUUGUGCUGAGGUGUUCCACAUCUUCUCUUACUCUUAGUGCCACUCGACAGCUCCUCUACCACUUUGCUUCUUAGCAGGUGCUCCAAAUGUGCUUUGAGAGUCUAUCUCGUUUUGGCUUUUCCUUUCUAGUUGGUUUGCACAAUACUUUUUCUCCCAAAUUAUAAUUCAACUCCUUCUUGGGAGACUUGAUCAGGACUACAGAACUAAGGAUAGUGUGAUUCCCAACCUGCUUCAAAUCCUCUCCACUCCUCAUUUCUCUCCAUAUUCCUAGAGGACCCAGACCAAAUGUGUGUUGCUCUGGAAACUGCAUCUGGCAUGCUGUUCCUAUUAAAGGGCUUAGAAAUGUUCUCAAGGGCUAUUAUCACCUUAGGAAUCCCACCUGUUGUCUUGGUGCUGGAUAUUUUCCAUGAUCGAUUUUCAAUUACACAAUUCACUAAAGGCUAAGCCAGGCUUGGGUCAGAUUUUCCUUUUCCUACUGCUUAACAGCCAAGAACUUGACUCUGCUCAACAGUUGGCACUGUAUACACUCUGCCCUACUGACCUUUACUGCUAGCUCAAUCUUGUAUCCUAGCCCUAACUCCUGUGUGGAAAUACUGUGACAGACAGUGCCUGUCCCUACCCCAACCUUUACUUUCAGUCUGUUUAAAAGCAUUUUCCCUUCUUUUCUCCAUCCCUCAACAUCCACAUACCCAGAUUUCUUAUUAUCUUGAGUUUCUGGUUUCUCCUUCAAUGCUCAACUAGAUAUGUUAGUAUGAAAGGAAUUUUUCAAAGCAGGAAUAUGCUGGAGACAUGUGUACAGCAAUAAAUGGUUAAGACAAGAGACAGUAGCUCCCUCCUCUCCCCGGGAAAGAUCAAAAAGGAAAGUACACCCAACUCAAUCUGUGAAUCUAUCGGACAUCAAUCAGAGGGGAAGGGCUGUGUAACUGGCAUCUUUGCAGGAAAAUGCAAAGGCUAGACACAUUUCAGAAUAGAUCUUCAUUCUCCUUUCCUAAGUUAACAAAUAGAAAAAUAUAGAAGAAAAAAAAAGCGUUUCUCUCCACUCCUUUUGUAAAUGAAAGAUCCCUGAGCCAGUGAAUUCACCUAGUCACUGUGAGUGUAUCUGAGUAGUACUGUGUUCAUCCUCUGAUCAUCCAUCCAUUCUGCAUUUCAGCACCCACUCUGCCUGGAGCACCAAUCUAGAGCCUCGGUGUGCCCUGUGGUCUUAGGUCUGAAAAAUACCAUCAUCCAAGCUUUUCCUAAUCUCUGAAACUCCACCAUGGUAGAUAACUCAUGUUGAGUUAUCUUACUUGAGUUUAUAGUAGGACCCAGUAGAUAAGCACUUGCAGCAAGUCUGAGUUGUAGUAGAUCAGACUCAACCCCUAUCAUAGGCCAGAUAAGCCUCAACGACAGGAAUAUGUUCCCCCCUACCCAACCCUGAGUCACCAUCAGGCAAGGGCUGAAUCUGAUGGCAAUGUGUGUGAUGGGGAGGGAGGCACGGAAGCGCCGUGCUAGUAGGUUUGGGAAACACCAUCAGACACCAUAAGCAAACUCCUGCGGUCUUGCAACUGAUAGAUGUCUUUACCACAUUGUCACCUUCAUGUUGCUUUUUCUUCAUUUUCCACAGCCAAUUUUUUUCUGAACUCUAGCAAUGUUGUUCCUGAUCACCCAAGCUCUCGACAACCUAAUGGCAGUAUGUAGUGUUUUUCAGGAAAUACCCUGUUCAUGUCAAUAAAGUGUCUCUACACACAG